AUGCUUAUACGGUCGGCAAAAAAGAUACCGCUGUCGAUCGCGUUUCUCCUUGCUUUCCUCGUCUUCUUAGGAUGGCGGCUCAGUCAGGCAACAAGCUACCGGGAACAGCUGCCAUCGUCUCCGCCUCCCCCGUCCGCCCCAGUCGAGCCCGAGCAAAAGCCCCAUGUUGAAGAGAGGAAGCCACUGCGGGUGGCCAUCAUGACGUUUGUCACCGAGCAGAGAUCAUACCUCCAUCUUUCGCUCAAGAACAAAGACCACUAUGCCCGCCGCCAUGGCUAUGACUUCAUCACCGACUACGAGCAACACAGCGCGACGGGCAACCCUGUCUUCUGGAAAUUUGACAUGCUAGAAAGGCUGGUAAAAAAAGACACAUACGAUUGGAUUUGGUGGCUCGACUUUGACACUCUCAUCACCAACACCGAUAUCAACAUCCAAGAUAUCAUCUACGAUGAGCUGCAGAAUGCCGAAAAUGCCGACGAGGUUGACUACAUCUUUACGCACGACUGCAAUGGCCUGAAUCUGGGUUCCUUUGUAACCCGCGCACACGAGCGAUCCCUGGAAUUUACUCACCACGCUAUGGUGGAGCUCAUGAAGGAGGAGCCAUACUCGCACAGGUUCAUCGUAGCGCCGCAGUCCAAGCUGAACGCCUUUCCCGAAGAAAUCCCAUGCUACGAAAACCGAGAUGGCCAAUGGAAGUCGGGCAAAUUCAUCUUGCAUUUUGCGGGCGCAUGGGCACAUGUGAAGGGUGACGACCCCACGGGCCAACUAAUGAACAAAUACGAAUCUACCAUCAUGUGGGGGAAAUGGGAAGAUUUCUACUAA